CUGGUUUUACCACCAGAGCAUGUGACCAUAUGUGUUUGUGUGUCGGAUGGAGGUUCGCUAAAUAAAGAAAGUGAACGCGCUGUACUUCUCCAAACUGACAUUCCUAAAACCUUGUAUUGAAUUUUAAGCUAAAUGGAACAUCAAGAUAUGGCCAAUAACUACAUGCCAACGUUUUUUAAACCAUAUCAGUUUAAUAUGAAGAUAAUGGAUGUAAAUGCUUGAGGAUUUUUUUUAAAGAGCUUCUUUACUGAACCAGUUGUGUCCAGGCUGCAUGUUUUGGAGUCUGGAGAUCUGUUUGCAGAAAAGGUUCUUUAAAGGACCUCUUGCUAAGGGGUUAUUUUUUAUUCUAUGGAAUCACUCCAAAGAUUUUUGGUUCCAGUUAGCACCUUUAUUGUUCUCUGUGUGCAUAACACACAUACAUUUAACAGAGUAAAUAGGACCCACUGCACACAGAUUGGUGAAUUCUUACUCUAGGUUCAUGACUUCUUGAGAUAAUCAAGCACUCAAUUAGUUUAUCAGUGCAAUCAGCAGAAAGUGUAUUAGCUUUAGACUGUUUGCUGUUCAAACAGUUUACCCAAACAGUUGAUUUGUCCUGUUUGAUGUGCGCUGUGUUUAUUUCAGAGGUGGGGACCUGCCUCACUAAUCCUCUCACUGUCUUUAUCAUGUAAACGCUCCACCAUGCAGCCGAGCAGCAGCAGCAGCUGAUCGCGUCUGGUCCUGCGAGGGGAGCGGGUCUCUAAGCUGCUGAAAGGUGAGCCAUUAACAUCAUGUGUAGUCUGAAACUGGUCUGCUUUGAACCCGAGGAGCUGGAGCUAUCGAAGAGGAAACAGUUUGGUAUGGGCCCAUUUAAAGUCUUUUGUGAUGAUACCUCCACUGUGUAUUCUGGUGACAAAUCAGCAGCAGUUAUACUCAGCACAGUGAUGUUAGUAUGUGAGAGUCAACUUGUUUACCUUCAUAUACAGAUAUUUCUGAUGAUAAAUAUAAUGUUCUCACUUUGUUUUGGUGUCACUGAAGAUAAGGGCAAAACAGUCUUAACUUAUUUCUCUCUUCAGCCCCUUCAGCAAUGACGUGAGGGAUCACUUUGAUUAUAUGUGGUGAGACUGCUCAGACUCUGAGUAGUUUUAGUCAAGAAAACUCAAUCUGUGAAGCUGUGGCAACACUAGGAAUGAAAAAUAAAGAAGUUUACUCCAUUUAAUGCCCUUAUUAUUUUCAGUGAGGUACAGUUUCUUAUUUCACAGUCGGCCACAUCUUACAACAUGUUAAAGGUAAAACACUGCAAUGGCUGAAGCGUGACAUGCAGGACUCUACUGUUUUGUUGCGUUGGAAAGUUUUUGGAGCUAAUUUUGUAACCGUAGAAAGACCAAAAAGUUGACCACAGGGCUGAGUACUAAAACUAUAUAUAUUGCUUUAACAAUAUAAUGAUUAUUGUGAUCAAAUUUCCAUCAAUAGAAAUAUAACAAAGGUUCAAAAAAACAGUUUAUAUCUAUCUUUGAAUUCAACAGAUAUAAUAAUUUGACAUUUAUUGUAAAAUUGAUCAAAAUGUCUUAUCUUGAUACACGUUUUGGACACUACGAAUUCAGAUCAGCUACUUCUCAGAUUCUUUCUCUCUUUGUGUUGAAUUUGGUUUCAUGCAGUUCUCUUCAAAGUCUUUGCACAGUAAUGAGAAUGAUCCAGGAUAUAUGACAACACGAGGCACUAUCAACUCACUGUUGAGUGGCACAUCCAGAGCCCAGACGAUGGGAAUAUUCCCUCCACUGAUGUCUCUGAUGGGAAGGAAACAGGUCACGGGUGGGCUGGGAUGCUACCUCGCCCUUUAUACACCUUGACUGUGAUGCCGAGGAUCCCCUGCCCCUCCCCUGGGGAGCAGAGGAAAGUCUGCUAAUAGGCUGCCAUCGGUGCGUCAUGGCCACAAGUAGAGAGCAGCGGUGAAAGCGGGAGUGCGCCUUUACGCACGGAUCAGUCCGCCUCCACAUGGCUCGGGUUUUUAUCUCCCAGCUGGCUCCCUCCUCGACCCCAAACACAACAUGAUGCCAUGUGCUGCUAAGGACUCAGCUCCGCAGGUCGUUGACGUUACCCGAGUUUUUAUUUAGUUUGAUAUAUUUUACAUGUGUGCGCGACUUGAACUUGACUUGUAAAGAGAAACGGGAAUAACAUCACUUGGAUUUAGACGAGACUGUGUGCAGUCGGGAGACACCUGAAAUAAAGUAGAUUCAGUGACUCUUGACAGGGAAGAAAAGUCCUCGGGCAAGAUUGGUGUCAACCGGGAUCAACGAGAGCAAUCGACCCCUGAGCCAAGACCAGAGAAGCAGCCAUGCUCGGCGGUGAAGGAGAGAGCAGCACCUUCUCUUCCACUAAGGAGGCAUCGGAUGAGAGGCGCAAGUCUCCAUCCGUGGAAGGAGAUGAUGUGACCGUCCGCAGCAGAUACCCGGAGCACGGGCUGGGUGCCGAGCGGUACUACAUCCCUCCAUCAGUGUCCAAACAAAGCCCGGAGACAGCAAGCCCCUGCUCCUUCAUCCCCUACACCCCCGGUGGGCCGGUUUACGCCCCGUCCGGCGCGGGCAGGUACCCCUCAUCCCUCCACCUGGGCUCCGUGUUGCCUCCCGCGGGGUUUUCUCCCUCCGCGACCGGCCGCAGUCACUUCAGCUCGGCCUACCAGCUCGGGCAGAGCCCCGGCUGCAUCUACCCGCCGUACGCCGGCUCCGGUUCGGCUCUCAGCAACAUGACUCUCCCGGCCACCGGCCCCGGGAUGAGGGCCCAGGUCUACCUCUGCAACCGGCCGCUGUGGUUCAAGUUCCACCGGCACCAGACGGAGAUGAUCAUCACCAAGCAGGGCAGACGGAUGUUCCCGUUCCUCAGCUUUAACAUCGCUGGUCUCAACCUGUCGGCGCAUUACAACGUGUUCGUGGAGGUGGUGCUGGCGGAUCCAAACCACUGGAGGUUUCAAGGUGGCAAGUGGGUCACCUGUGGGAAGGCGGACAACAGCAGCCAAGGUACCGAUCCAGGGAACAAAGUGUAUAUCCACCCAGAGUCUCCAAACACAGGGGCCCACUGGAUGAGACAAGAAAUCUCCUUCAGCAAACUGAAACUCACCAACAACAAAGGGACCAGUCACAGUACUUCACAGAUGGUCAUCAUGCAGUCGCUCCAUAAGUACCAGCCCAGGCUGCACAUCGUGGAGGUGACGGAGGAUGGAGCGGAGGACGUCAACAAUGACGGGAAAACUCAGAGCUUCACUUUUCCAGAGACGCAGUUUAUUGCUGUCACAGCCUACCAGAACACUGACAUCACACAGCUGAAGAUUGAUCACAACCCGUUUGCCAAAGGAUUCAGAGAUAAUUAUGAUUCGAUGUACACAGUUCCAGAGAACGACCGCCUCACCCCAUCUCCAACCGACUCUCCACGUGCCCACCAGAUUGUCCCAGGCGCCCGCUACACCAUGCAGCCCCUCUUCCAGGACCAGUUUGUCAACAACCUCCCGCAGAAUCGCUUCUACAACAGCGAGCGAGCAGUACCACAGACUAACAGCCUCCUCUCACCUCAGACUGAAGACGGAGCUUCGCAGAGGUGGUUUGUCACCUCCAUGCAACAAGGGGGAAACUGCACUGGCACCAGCAACAAGCUCGAUCUGACACCUUAUGAUGGUGAAUACUCCAGCUCCUUGCUUCCUUAUGGUAUCAAAUCACUGUCCAUGCAGACAUCCCACGCUCUCGGCUACUACCCAGACUCUCCUUUCAACGCCAUGUCUGCCGGGUGGGGGUCCAGGGCAGCAUAUCAGCGAAAGGUCACGACGGGUCUGCCUUGGUCUCCCAGACCCAGCCCCACUGCUGGUUUGCUAGAAGACUCAGACAAAGUUAAACAGAUACAGAUAGAGGAGGGCGUGAACGACGGCGGAGGCCUGAUCUCCUCUUGGACAGAGACACAGUCAUUAGCUCUUUCCCUCGACAAGGCUGAUUCUUACGCCAUGGCCUGCAAACGACGGCGUUUGUCUCUCAAUGGUCUGAGCACCGAGGACUCACCCUCUGACAUUAAGUGUGAGGACUUGGCCUCAGCUACCACCAACAGUAGCUCCUAUGGCAAGGACCCGCCUUCAUCCAAAGCCAUGGCAGCUUAUUAUUCCUUUUACACAAACCCUUAAAAAUAUGGCCUCAUGUUGUAGUUUUGGUUGUUCUUCAUCUGCCACAGUGAACAUAUUAUUCCGUUUUUGGGGACUUUGUGCACCCAGAAUUUGUCUCAGUGGUAAUAAAAGUACUUUUUUCCCGUCUGUGGUGACACAGGAAGCAUUAAGGACACAUUAAAAAAAAAGUGACACGUGCGUGUGAAUUGCCACUUUCAGUUAUGGGCUUAUUUUUUGAUCGCCUCAUGUAUGUAACUCUGCAGCUGCAAAUUUGAAGGUGCCAAAGCAAUCGUUAAAGUUUCCUCAUGGAAAAAAAAAAAAUCAUGUUAUGUGUUUGUUGCAUACAUCAUUGAAUUUGACUUCACACUGAAAUUUUGUGUUUACAGAUUAUUUAUUGAAGGCCUGUUGAUAUGAAUUCUGGGCACUGACAUGUGGGAAUGCUAUGCUAUAUGUACCUUCAUUGCAAUGUCCAGAUAUUUGAUAAUAAAAGGCAUACGUGUUGUA